CGAUCCCUCCCCGGUAGUGCGUCCCGCCCCGGCGCGCCCCGCCCCGCCGCGGGCAGCACCGGCCCCGCCGCUGCCCGGCUGUCCGGCAUGGUCAUGUCGGUGCUCGCCGGCGUCUGCCUGGCCGCCACCCUCGCCAUGUUCGCCACCGGCCUGUCUGACCUGCGCCAGAUGUUGGCGACCAAGAGUGUGGAAAACAUCCAGUUCCUGCCCUUCCUCACCACUGAUGCCAACAACCUGAGCUGGUUGGGCUAUGGCUGCCUGAAGGGGGACGGGACAGUGAUCACCGUCAACGCCAUCGGGGCAGCUCUGCAGACCCUCUACAUCCUGGUGUAUCUCUACUACAGCCCUGCCAAGCGCCCCGUGCUGCUGCAGGUCCUGCUGCUCCUGGCUGUGGUGGUUACUGGCUAUGGCUACUUCACCGUCCUGGUCGACGCGGGGACACGCCUGGCACACCUGGGGCUCUUCUGCAGCGUCUUCACCAUCACCAUGUACCUGUCACCGCUGGCUGACCUGGCCAAGGUUAUCCGGAGCAAGUCGACGCGGUGCCUGUCCUUUCCCCUGACCGUCACCACCCUCGUGGCCUCCAGCAGCUGGACACUCUAUGGCCUGCAGCUCCACGAUCUCUACAUCACAGUCCCCAAUGUGCCAGGAAUUGUCACCAGCCUCGUGCGGUUCUGGCUCUUCCAGCGGUACAGGCCAGAGCAGGACAAGCCCUACAGCCCCCUGCCUGCCUGAGAGGUCCCCUGAGGAGCACCCCAACUCUGGCCUGGGCUGGCCCCACCGCUGAGCCCCGAGUGCCACCACUGUCCUCUUGGCCACUCCCAGUGGGACAGCAGGAAGGACCUCCUGCCUCUAGCCCUGCAUCCUUCAGCAAAGGCUGUGGAACUCUCAGUGAUGCCUUUGGGGUGCCAUAAGCCCCUCAAAUCCCAGGGUGGGAGGAUAGUUUUCCAUGCCCAUGGCCCUGCUUGGCAUCAGGAUGGGGCUUCCAGGGGUCCACGUGUGACUUUUGUAUGGAUUCAAGUGCCUUUUAAUAAAUCAGAGACUUCCCAGUGCC